UUUAUGACAAAUGACAGGUCCGUCAACACAGCACAGCUAAUUUACGAGAUUUUCGUAAUUAAGCAGUCCCAAUCGUAUAUGUUUGUACUCAAGAUUAUAUAAAUAAUGCCGAAGAAUAAAGGAAAAGGUGGUAAAAACAGAAGGAGGGGAAAAAAUGAAAACGAAACAGAGAAACGUGAGUUAGUCUUCAAAGAAGACGGACAGGAGUACGCCCAAGUCACAAAGAUGCUCGGUAAUGGCCGCUUGGAGGCCAUGUGCUUUGAUGGCAUAAAACGUCUUUGCCACAUCAGAGGAAAAUUACGAAAAAAAGUAUGGAUAAAUCAAGGAGAUAUUAUACUUAUCGGUUUACGUGAUUACCAGGACGCCAAAGCUGACGUCAUCUUAAAGUAUACCCCCGACGAGGCCAGGAAUCUGAAAACGUACGGAGAGUUCCCUGAAACAGUACGCAUCAAUGAGACUGUAGUGUAUUCUGUCGACGGGCUGGACGAAGAUAUCGAAUUCGGAGACGAGGUUAGCUCCGAAGACGAAGCGGACGCUGUUGAUGCUAUCUAACUAAUUUUUUAUAUUAUGUUUAACAUCUACAGUAAGUCUCAUGUAAAUUUAUUUUCCGUUAUAAAUAUAAAUAAAGUGUCUUUGUGAUUUUGAUAAAUUACAUGUAGCCAUACACCUUAGUGAAUUAGGAAUAUCUAAAUUAUUUAGGUACCCUAUAUCUUUAAGUGGAUGAAGGCAACCGUGAUCCCAUUAUUUAUUUAAAAAAAAAUAGCAAAACUAUGUUUACAAUAGUAUUAUAGCAAAAUUAAUAAGUGCAACAUUCCUUGAGCUCCUCAUCAAACUAUGUGAAAUAUAAAAUUGUAAGGAAUGUAUAUAAUUAAAUAACUAUAAAUACAAAA